AGCUGAUCUCUGAGAUGUUUCAGCCUGUACAAGCUCAGUUGUUUGUCUGCUGAUUGAGCCGCUUCAUGUGGAAGCAGGGAAGGGCUGAGUUAGAAAAACAACGAAAGAGAAAGCAAAAUGCUCGGAUCAGGACUGAGGUGAGAUGAAGAGCUUGGCUUAGAGAUCCACAGGGAGUGUGGAAGAAGAAGAAGAAGGGAAAAGAGAGUGAGGGAGAGCAGAGAGAGGCCGGUGGGAGGGAGGAGAGCCGGCGAUCCAGCCCUCUGGGACAACGCUGGGUGAAUUUUGGGGGUGGACAGAGUGGCUUUGUAUGCAGAACAUCAGUGGACGGGAGGGACACUGCCACUUGUUCUCUGAGUUUGUCUGUCGUGAAACCAGACCUACCUCUGAUCCACCGCAACGCUCUCCUCCAUUCUUCUCAGUUGAUUCAUGGAAGCUGUGAUGUGGAACUUGUGGGAUUAAACUUAAUGACUGCGAUGGAGGGGAUCCAGGACAGAAGAGACUCCUGAGAUCUGCAGCUCCAUCCUCUCUCUCUCUCCCAGCUCGAUCGUGUCGUCUUGCGUUUUGGCUCAUGUUGGUGUUGGGCGAUGCGGAUCUGAGCAAACCGAACGCCCCGAUGCCCGCCGCUAUGCUGCCGUGCCCAGCGCCGGCCGGGUCCGACUGGAGCUUCCAGAACCCGGUGGGGGUUGACUGCAGCUCCCCCGAGCCUCGCUGCAUUUGGCUGGCGGUUCUCCGAGGAACCACCGGCCCGAUGCCACCCCCCACGCCACCCACCAUGCCCUCUGCACCGCCCAGGGCUAAGGGGCGGAGGGAUGGUCUCUCCUCUGCCGGCGACAACCCUCGGCCGCCGAUGGCGACCCGGCCGGGAAGAGAGGGGGUCAGCGUGGGCUGGAAGGGUCCGCGGACGCUGGUCCUCCGUAAGAACUCCCAGGGCUUCGGCUUCACGCUGCGCCAUUUCAUCGUUUACCCUCCAGAGUCCGCCCUGCACACCAACCUCAAGGAUGAGGAGAACGGUAAUGGAAAGGGGUAUCAGAAAGGCCGAAUGGAGCCGAUGGACACCAUAUUUGUGAAGAACGUGAGAGAAAAAGGCCCGGCCCACCAGGCGGGUUUGUGCACAGGGGAUCGGCUGGUGAAAGUGAACGGAGAGAGCAUACUAGGAAAAACAUACUCGCAGGUGAUCGCCCUUAUUCAGAACAGUGAGAGUGUGCUGGAGCUCUCUAUUAUGCCAAAAGAUGAAGACGUGCUUCAGUUGGUAAGUGCAUACUCCCAGGAUGCCUACCUGACGGGUAACGAACCAUACGCCGGGGGAGCUGAGAACCUCCCGCCACCGCCCCCCUUGUGCUACCCGCGAACCAAGACCGCGCCCCUCGCUGGAGCCCCACUGUCUGCCCCAAUGGGCCAGAACCAGCUGGAUAACUGGAGUCGCUGGCCAGGCUCUUCCAGCCCUUCAUCCCCGUUGGACAACCGCUCUGCUGUGGGCAGCCCCGCCAGCUGGCAGGAGGGGCGGGCGGGCGAACCCGGCGGUGUCGGUCACAGCAGCCCGGCUCACCGCACAGAGGAGAUCCAGUACGGUAUGACCAGCCAGCAGCCUCAAGGCCAGACCAGGGGGCGCUCCUACUCAUCGUCUUCUUCAUCAGGAGGCCCCCUGUCCAGUCCUCUGCAAGUCCACUACCCCAACCACCAUGGUGCCGGUUCCUCACAAGCUCAACCACGUAAGUCCAGCUCAGCCUGGACCAGUCCACCCCUGCCCCAGGGUGGUCCUGGCCGGUCCGAGCGCUGCCAGCAGGCCCUCUCAGACUGGUACUACAGCCAGCUGCCGGAGCGCUCAGGACGCAGCAUGCAAACCCGACACCGCAGCUACUCUCAAGACCGACUCAGCGAAUCCAGGAGGCAGCAGCAGCGGUCGGGUGGUUGGCCUCACAGCGCCUCCCAGGACACUCUGCUGUUACUGCAGCAGUCUGGACCAGGACCCCAUGGCGAGCCUUACUGGUCAUACGGAGACUGGGAGGGGGGUCCAGGUAGGGGCCAACAGUCUUCUAACUACACUCGGACACGCUCUGAGAAUUUGCUCGCCCAGUACGAUCGCCACGGCCGCUCCUUGGAAAUGUUGGACAGAGCAACGACGGGAUUAGUCUCACCUCGGUUUGAGAGGCCCUCGUGGCUCCAGCAGGCUCCCCAGCCGCCCCCCAGGACUGACGCCUACCCGAGGCAGGGGAGCCACUUCUGCGCAACACAAGCCCCUCCAGUGUCCCGACCGUCUCAUCCUAAACACCAUCCCCAGACCCAGAACCAGCCCCAGCAGGCGACCCCUCAGAGCAGGCGGCUUCCUCCGGGGCAGAGCAUGGACGACCAGCCGGUGGGCUACCGCAGCUACAGCCCCUCGUUCUACCGCAAGACGGGCCGCAUCAUGCAGCAGGCCCAUUCUUUCAGGGACCCAUCGUAUUCUGGCCCCCACUUGAACUGGAAUCCUGAGGGCACUUCAGCACCCGUCGCCGCCUCCACUGCAUCCCCUCUUGCCUCCGCCGCCCCCGAGUCCCAGGACAGAGCGUACCGGCCCACCAACCAUGAGAGGGAACGAGGUGCAGCGGAGGCGGAGUUGGCGGCACAGACCCAGGAGGUGGUGAUGAGGCAAAAGCCCCCCACCGGGCGGAGGAACGCCCACGGCAUGCGACACCCCCACUACGCCCUGCCUAUGGACGGGCUGGAACCCUCUUUGUUUUCUCCAGAACCCAAAGACUCGACCCCCGGUUCCACAGGAGAUGUCGCCCCACGCAAACCAAACGGCAACCUCGCCCCCCUCCCCAUAGAGGACGACUCUCUGGCCUCCAUCCCCUUCAUAGACGAGCCGACUAGCCCCGGCGCUGACUUGCGUGCCCGCCAUGUGCCGGCGUCCUCCGUGGUGUCCAGCGGCAUGAGUUCGGCGCCCGCCGUGGUCACCAGCCCCGCCUCCCCCACCUUCACCUUCCCCCUCACUAGGCUCUUCUCACACGACUGCAGCAGUAUUAAAUCCAGUCGCCGUUCCUCCUAUCUUCUAGCCAUCACCACCGAGCGGUCAAAGUCGUGCGACGAAGGACUCAACACGUUCAGGGAGGAGGGACGAGUCCUGAGGCUCCCAAAAAGAGUGAAGAGUUUCUUCACAGAUGGGUCUCUGGACAACCUUGGCACAGCAGAGGAGGUUCGCUCCAAACGUCACUCCACCUCGGAGCUGGGGAACAUCACCUACAGCGACGUCCGGCGAGAAGGAUGGUUGCACUUCAAACAAAUCCUCACUGAGAAGGGAAAGAAGGUGGGAAGCGGCAUGCGUCCGUGGAAGCGCGUCUUCUCCGUUCUCCGCUCCCAUUCGCUGUUCCUCUACAAGGACAAGAGGGAGGCGGUGCUCCGUGGAGCGACGAUCGGCGGUUCGGCCGAGGAUGAGCAGCCAAUCAGCAUCCGGGGCUGCCUGGUGGACAUCGCAUACAGCGAGACAAAGAGGAAGAACGCCCUGCGAUUGACCACCCAGGACUUCUGCGAGUACCUGCUGCAGGCGGAGGACCGGGAGGACAUGCUGGACUGGAUCAAGGUCAUCAGGGAGAACAGCAAGACGGACAGCGAGGAGCUCGGCUUUUCCAGACAGGCCCUCAUCAAUAAGAAGCUCAAUGAUUACAGAAAACAAAGUCCAACAUCCAGUAAACCAGACUCGUCUCCCAGGAUGCCCCGAAUGAAGCCUCAAUUCCUGCUCAACAAGACGGAGAAUGCAGCCGGAGCACCACGAUCCCCGAAACCAGAAGGCAAAGAUGAGAGCAGCCCUCCGAAGUCUCCGUGGGGAAUCAACAUCAUGAAGAAGACAAAGAAGGCCGGGCCCAAAGCUUUCGGUGUGCGAUUAGAGGAAUGUCAGCCUGGUGCAAAUAACAAGUUCAUCCCGAUGAUUGUGGAGAUCUGCUGUGGCCUGGUGGAGGAGAUGGGUCUGGAAUACACCGGAAUCUACCGAGUCCCCGGGAAUAACGCCAUGGUGUCGCUGCUUCAGGAUCAGCUCAACAAGGGCGUUGACAUCAACCCUGCAGAGGAGAAAUGGCAGGACCUCAACGUCGUCAGCAGUUUACUCAAGUCAUUUUUCAGGAAACUCCCAGAACCACUUUUCACCAACGACAAGUACAACGACUUUAUUGAUGCAAAUCGGAUGGAAAACGCAUCAGACAGACUAAAGACCAUGAAGAAGCUGAUCCGAGACCUCCCAGAUCAUUAUUACCACACGCUCAAGUUCCUGGUGGGUCACCUGAAGACUGUAGCCGACCACUCAGAUAAAAACAAGAUGGAGCCUCGUAACUUGGCUCUGGUGUUUGGACCGACGCUGGUUCGGACGUCCGAGGACAACAUGAAAGAUAUGGUCACUCACAUGCCUGACCGCUACAAGAUAGUAGAGACGCUCAUCCAACAUUGCACCUGGUUCUUCACUGAAGAGCUGGACAAGGAUGAGAAGACGCCGGUGGACACGGAGGAUGUCCAGCCAGCACCAAACAUCGACCACCUGCUGUCCAACAUCGGCAGGACCGCUCUGCUAGGGGAGGCCUCGGACUCAACCAACAGUGACUCAGCUAAAUCAAAGGGGUCGUGGGGGUCGAAGAAGGACCUGACAGCCAAGGACUUCCUGACUCUGUCCAUCAUGUCGGCAGUUACAGGCCGUAAACGCAGGAAGCGCCACAACGCCCGCCGUGUGGGCAGCAGCACCGAUGACGACUCCGAGCACGAGCCAAUCAAAGCUGGGCAUCUGGGGGCAGAGGAGGAGGAAGAGGAGGCGGAGUCGCCGGUAGGUGACACUGCCCCUCGAGCUGAGGGAGAGGAGGACGAUGAGGAGGAGGAAGAGGAGGAAGAUGACGAGGAAGUUGUAGAGAGCGGAGUGAAAGCGGAGGUCGAAGCGGAGGAGGAGGUGGUGGCGGUUAUUCCCAUUCGGUCACACUGCAAGGAGGAAGAGAAGGGAGGAGGAAGGCUACACGAGGAGGAGGUGCGGGCGGAGGUGAAGGGGCCGAGGUGGCGAGCUCCAGAGGAUGCUCGCUCCAUCGUUUCCGGCUACUCCACCCUUUCCACAUUAGGGCGGAGCUUAGGGUCGGAGGGGAGGGGCGACGACGCAGAUGACGAGCACAGCGAGCUGGUGAGCGAGACGGACAAUGAGAGCGGCUUUGCCUCGCGCUCCCUCACCCAGGAGAGGCCUGACAAACACCCAACGACACCCACCAACACCCAACAGGCAGCAGCACCCCGCAGCUUCCUCUACUCCCACUACAAACCCCCUGUUCUGUCACCCACCAACCUUCUUGCCCCGCCCACCCAGCUCACCCCGGACUCUGUGGAGAGGAACGAAGGAGGCGCUCGCUCCACCACGCCUUCAUCCUCCUCCUUCUCCUCCUCCUCCACCACCCACAAACUGCACUCGCGGCCUUCCUUCAACUCCCACAAGCUGAUCCAGUGCGACACUCUGGCCAGGAAGAAGCUGAAGUCGGAGAAGGCCAAGGCUCGUUCCCUGGACCUGCUGGAGCUCCCUAGUGCCGAGGGGACCGGCUCCGGGUCGGAAGGUGCACCCAGACCGAGGAGCUCCAGGACCAACCCUUCCUCAGGUAGCAGCCAGGAGAGCCUACGCCCGGCCCGACCCAAACCAGCCCUGCCACCCAGUGAGGCCGCCUCCUUCACCCCAACCGGUCCAGGCGGCAGAUCUCUGGCCGAUCACGUUCGCGCUCGACUGCUAGGUUCGGCAGACGACUUGCGCAGCGUUGGACUGAGGAAACCGCUGUCACCUGAGACUCGCAGGAAGAGACGGGCCUGGCGAAGGCACACCGUGGUGGCCUCCCCAACUGAGACGUCCGACAAGAGACCCCCGCUGAAUGUCAACGAGUUCCCCUUGUCUCCCAUCAGUCAAAACCAGGUAAAAACACAAGGGCUGCCUCGGGAUGCAGACGCACUCGAACAAGGACCCGCUACACGUCAAGCACCCACCUCCAGAUUCCACCAGUACCUGUAGCCCUGCCAGCUGACCCCAAGCACCACUCCCAGGAAAGAGGCUGAUCCUGAGGGGGGUCCGGCCGAGCUGCUGACUCCCUGCAGGUCAGUCGCUUCACAAAGGUGGACAGGUCAAAUAAAACAAACCUUUUCUUUCCGAUGAGCUCCGUUUGCAUGGCAAGGGGCGUUCCAGUGUUGCCAAAGCUUUUGUUUUCCUUUUGCUAUACAUGUGCUUUUAUAGAUAUGACACAGAGACACAAACAGACCUCAUCACAGUCCACGUUACAGCCAAGAAUUCUCACCUGAGUAAUAAGCGAACAUCCUUCCCACCGUCUCUUCCUUCCUGUCUGGCUCACGGAUGACAAUAAUUCAAGGGUUAAUCCCGUCAAGUGACUAGAGGAGGAACUGCAGCCUCCCUCUGGUUCUUGAGCGAAUGGUGCUUCUUGUCAAAUUUCAAAAUGUUCCUAAACCUCCUUCAGUGAGCCACGAGUGACAGACACACAUUUAUUCGGUCAUUUCAAAGGGGAAAUCAGCUGAUUUUUCAUAUCAGUCUCCCUAACGUGCUCCUCCUCUGACCACAGACACUGUAAAAUUCAGAUAUUUGACCACAAACACAUAAAAACAGUCGUCUUCUCUGUACUUGUUAAUAAUCUUUAUGUGUGUUUGCGCAACAAUAUUCGUGAUCAUGUCCGAGCGUGCAGGUGUUUGUCUUGAACAAUUUUUUGUAACAUUUGUACAAAGCCUUGUUAAGUUAACCUUGUAAAUAUAAAAAUAAUAUGUUAUCAUAUUUGUUUUUACUUUUUUUAGUUCCUUUUUUUUAACGGUUUACAAAAAGUGCGUACAAGUGCACAGUCAUUUCUUUCAAGAUGUUACUUGAAAUGUUUCCCUUAAUAUAUUAAUUUUUUUUGUUUUAUAUUCAAUAUAUAUAUAAAUAUAUUAUAUAUAUUUUGUAUUAAAGUAAAAAAAAAAACCUUUUAUUGUGAUUUCACCUCUUGGGCGUACCUGUUCAAAGGAGACGAGAUAAACAUGUCUGAACCUGUUCCUUCUUUCCUCAUAGAUGGCCUUUCUCUUUGAUUCACAGCACUGUGCAGAAAACCUUUAUCUCAUGAGAUACGAGUAUCUUAGUGAGGAUGCUUUCAAUAAAGUUGCAUCAACAAGUGCAUAAAACGA